CAGCACAUGCCCAAGGUGGCCAUCAUCUGUGGUUCUGGACUGGGAGGGCUGGCAGACUUACUGGAGAAUAGUGUAGCCUUCCCUUAUAAAGACAUCCCUCACUUCCCUCAGAGCACAGGUACAGUACACACACACAACCUUGAGGACUUCUUAUCUCUGACACUGUGUUGUGAGUCUGUAGCUUAACAUCUUCUUCACCUCACAUGACUACAUUGCAUAAUAACGUUCUAACGCCAUGUCAUCAACAUUGGUCCCAGGUGACAUCAUUAAUGAGGGAACAUGGUGAGUAGUUGGGGGGGUGGGGGGUAGCUGGGUUGUUUUCCUACUCAGACGUAAGCUCUGGGGUACAGGGCUUAAUCACCCCUCAGGGGUUAGGGGAACUGGCCCUGCCACUGAUGAGACACACAGGGAGAGGCCCACCUACUAAACACACACACCAAACUCCACCAUACUGCACACCAGGUAGACUGGUCUGUUAGUGCUUUGUCCUGCAACUUGACACCCUGUCCUCAUCUGUCUGCCUUAAUCCCAUCCCAUGUAGGGUAACAUACGUGUGUAUGUAUGUGUGUGUGUGUUUGCGUGCGCGUGUGUGUGUGCAACACCUCGUCGGAUCCAAAUCUGGCAAGGAAGUUGGUGUAUUUUAGUGUGAAUGUGCCAGUGCACCACAAGCUGCCGGUGGCACCUUAAUUGUGGAGGACAGACUCCUAGUAAUGGCUGGAACGGAAUUAUGGAAUGGUAUCAAACACAUCAAACACAUGGUUUCCAUGUUGUUGAUACCAUUCCAUUCACUCCAUUCCAGCCAUUAUUGUUAGCCGUCCUCCCCUCAGCAGCCUUCUGUGCCGUGCACGUAUUUGUGUAUCGCUCUCUUUUUCUCUCCCUCUUUCUAUCAGUGCCAGGCCAUGCUGGGAAUCUGGUGUUUGGGGAGCUGCAAGGGAAGGCCUGUGUUUGUAUGCAGGGCAGGUUCCAUUACUAUGAGGGCUACAGCAUCGCCAUGGUUAGACUGCCUCUUCCGCUCUGAAACACAAGGCAACACAUAUACAGUGACGUACCCGGUGCGUGUGUCUACUCUGCUUGGGGUGGAGACGUUGAUAGUGACCAACGCUGCAGGAGGACUGAACCCUAAGUUCAAUGUUGGUGACAUCAUGUUGAUCAGAGACCACAUCAAUAUGCCUGGCCUGGCCGGCAUCAACCCUCUGAGGGGACACAACGAUGACAGGUUUGGUGUGCGGUUCCCCUGCAUGUCGGAUGCGUAUGAUGCAGACCUGGGCCGUUUGGCUCGAGAGGUGGCGGAGGAGCAGGGCUGUUCCUCUUUCCUCCAACAGGGGGUGUACUGCAAUGUGGGCGGCCCCGCUUUCGAGACAGUGGCAGAGAGCAAGAUACUGCUGAGCCUGGGGGCAGACGCUGUGGGUAUGAGUACAGUGCCAGAAGUGAUUGUGGCUCGUCACUGUGGUCUGCGUGUGUUUGGCCUGUCUCUCAUCACCAACCGCGUGGCGUCAGAGUAUGGCAGCCAGGACCGCGCUAACCAUGAGGAGGUGCUGGAAAUCACCCAGCGACGCACACAGGACCUGCAGAAACUCAUCAUCAACCUCCUGGCCCGAAUAUAGAUACACACACUAUCUGAUAGUGAUGUUCAAUUUCUUAUUGAUUUAUUUCACCUUUAUUUAACCAGGUAGGUUAGUUGAGAACAAGUUCUAAUUUAAAACUGCAACCUGGCCAAGAAACAUGGAAUAAACAAACAUACAGUCAAUAAUACAGUAGAAAAAGUCUAUAUACAGUGG